CUCAUUGGUCGGUGUAGUAGGUUAAACUGAGGAUCGUAUUUUUGUUCCUGUGUCAACGAAAAGAAGAAAGAAGAGCACUCAGUGAGACCCGGCCAAGUUUUUACCUUAGGAAUUUUUUUAAAUUACGCAAAGGUCUCAUCAUAUCUGAUUCUAGCUAGACAUUCACCACCUCGGCAGAACCCCAUUUGAAGAUGAACUCCAAUGUGGAGAAUUUACCUCCUCAUGUUCUUCGCUUGGUCUAUAAAGAAAUAUCCGCCUUAGCAGCAGACCCACCUGAAGGCAUCAAGAUUUAUCCCAGUGACGAAGACAUAACAGAGCUACAUACAGCGAUCGAAGGACCAGAGGGAACUCCGUUUGCUGGUGGCGUUUUCCGAAUGCGUCUGGUCCUCGGGAAGGACUUCCCUGCGGUUCCACCCAAGGGGUAUUUCCUGACCAAGAUUUUUCACCCCAAUGUGGGUCACAAGGGAGAGAUCUGUGUCAACGUGCUGAAGAGGGACUGGAAGGCAGAACUCGGCCUCAGACAUGUCUUACUCACAAUCAAGUGUCUUCUCAUCCAUCCGAAUCCCGAGUCGGCUCUGAACGAGGAGGCCGGGCGCUUGCUGUUAGAGGACUAUGCGGAAUACGAGUCCCGUGCUCGUCUGCUCACAGAGAUCCACGCCAUGGGCGCGUCCUCCGGGGAGCCUCAGGAUCCCAACGACGGCCCGCAGCCGAAGAAGCACGCAGGGGACCCCCUGAAGAGAGCAGGACCCAGCGCGGCGGCAGUGCCGGCAUCUCUGGGUAACGGGGCUAACGGAGCCAGCACCACCAGCAGCAGCAAUAGCAACAGUAGUAGCAGCACUAAUGUAGCAGGGAAAAAGAAAGCCGACAAAAAGCGUGCGUUGAGGCGACUUUAAUACCUCUGUCAAAUUCUCAGUGUGUGCGUGUGUUUGCGAGCGAGAGAGAGAGAGUGUGUGUGUGUGUGUGUGUGUGUGUGUGUGUAAAUAUAAAUAUUGGCGUGUGCUGACAAUGGCUUUUGUUCCUCCUUUUUUUCCUGACUCUUUGUACUAACUGUCCACUUUGUACUCUUACCGUGAGUUCUGUUUUGCCCACAGUUUGUCCUGUUGGCACAACACCUUUGUUAAUUGUUCCCAUACCAUCCGCAGUGUUCUGCCCUGGGUCUAGUGUGUCUGAUUAAGACUGGAAAUGGGCUUCACUGUGCAAAACACGACCUCCAAUGUCUGUACAUUAACGAGACUUGACUACUAGUGUCUCGGGCAGGAUGACGACUCUCUUUGAAGGGUUUCUUUGUUAAUGCUGCUGUGAUGGUACUGUGUACUGCUCAGCAAAGGCUCACCUGUAAGUCCAAAACAGGACGUUGCUCUUAAUAAAAGUCAGGUUUUCAAAUGGGACACAGAUCAUGGUAGAAGUUGCUGAACAAUUGUGCAAGAAGUCUGUGGGUUCACUCUUUGGAUAAAAAAAAUCUUGUUAAUGUCACACAAAAUUAUUACAUCUUUUUAAAUAGUAUAUUUCGUAUUUUGGUCUCGAUGACAAAGGUAUGGAAACACCUGUAAGAGGUGUGAUAUGCUUUACAUGGAAUCUAAGCCCCCUUUUUUAAUUUUAUUUUCUAAAAUGGUUUCACUGUCCAGUAUUUACAAAUGUUUAUAAUUGACAUGUUUAUAUUGAGCUGUCUUGUGGUUGUGUGUGUGUGUGUGUGUGAAGACCUAGAUCAGUGACCGAGGGAACAGGGUAGUUUGCCUGAAUACUUUUAUUAAAAAAAAGAAAUGAUCUAAUUUCCGUAUUAAGCAUUCAGUGGUGUGACUCGGUUAUCCCAGCCUCCCUGCACAGCACUACGUGCUCUCAAAGAGACCCGUCUGCUGCCAGCUACGUGGGCACCUGAGACAACCUCUGCAAGGAAAAACUUCCAGGUUUGAAUUGGAAUUUGUCACUUUGCCGUUUCACUGGCCAGCAGGUUUUCUGUCUCUCACACAUACUACAUUUCUCAAGGAAACACACUGAAGCGCUGUCUUAAUUCUGAUGGAAACUGUGCCUCCGCAUCUCCUGUCAUUGUGCGGACUGUUGGCUGGAUAUUUUGUGUCCAUUUUAAAUUAUUUAAAUUAAUAAAACAUUGAAAUACAAGUGAAAUUAAAAAUGACUAUUUGCUC